AUGCUGCUUAAACAUGAGUAUCUAUCUAUCUAUCUAUCUAUCGCAUUCAAUUCAUUAUCUCUGGCAUUCUGUUCAUUAUCUAUCUAUCUAUCUAUCUAUCGCAUUCUUCACGACAAUUUCGUCUCAAACGAAGCCCGUGUUUUAAACACUCAUCUACCCUUGAGAAUGCUACCGACUGAGAUUCUCGACAAGAAAAUUAAAACGGUCUUAAUCGCUCGCAACUUGAAGGACGUGGCGGUUUCCCUUUACUGCCAUUUAAAAAUGCUUGACGAAGAAACUCCUUACGAAGGUACGUUUAGUAGUUUUCUUGAUAUUUUUUUGGACGGUAACCUCAGCUACGGUAGUUGGUUUAAUUAUAUGUUAGAAUGGCAAAACGUUUUCGAUAACCACCCGGACUGGCCGGUACAUAUCGUCUUGUAUGAGGAUUUGAUUGAAGACCCAGCCAGAGAAAUCCAGAAAUUGGCUAAUUUCCUCGGAAAGUACAGCGAUAAAGAUUUUUGUUCACAAAUCGCUGAUAAAUGCCAUAUUGAUCGACUGAAGAAAGCAAAACCCGAACCCAAUAUGUACGUGAAACUAUAUGUGCGUAUACAUAUGUUGUUUUAUCAUACCCAUAUCUAUCUAUCUAUCUAUCUAUCUAUCUAUCUAUCUAUCUAUCUAUCUAUUUCUUUUUCUCUCUCUCUCUCUCUCUCUAUAUAUAUAUAUAUAUAUAUAUAUUGA